AUGGCUAUCCAACUCUCUUCCCCCUUCAUGAUCGCAGCAGCCAACGCAACCAGCUUCCUGUCCACCCCUCUAUUAGCCAUAGUUUCAAGUAAUACGUUCCUGUCUAUAGAAUGAAACGCUUUUUCAGAUCUAAAAAUGUGCAAUAGGUGUUCUUGCUCUGCAUCCUUCUGCUUUCAAUUAUGGUUUACAAAAUGAAGAUUUGGUCAAUACAACACCUAUCCAUUACGAAUCCACCUUGGGCCUGAUGCAUGAUACCUUUACUUCUGAUAUCCGAAGUCAGCCUGCUAUUAA